GAUUGUUUAUGUUUGACUUUGAUGGUUGUGGCCUUUCGGAUAAAGGUAUAUCCCAAACCUAAUAAUUUUGUUUGGUUUUUUCUUCCUUUUUCGCUUCUCUUCUUUUGAUUUCCCAUUUAUAUAUUCUGCGUUUUCUUAUGGCAGUUUUCAACCUUUUCUUUUCUGAAUUUGUAUGCUUUAUGGGUCGUCAUUUAAUCUACUUAAUUAUCAUCGAGAUCAACUAAGAUAUCACUUUUUCAUACACUAUAGACUUUGAGUUACUGGUUGAAUUAUGAAUUGAGAAGUGGAUAAUGCCAUAAAAAAUUUGCUAGGAGUAGGAGGAUGUUCUUGGCACACUACAAGAAGUUUUCUUUUUCUUUUUGGCAAGUUCUUCAUAUUCAUGAUUCCGUUAUCAGUGCAUUUGCUUUCCCAUGAUUUCUCAUAAAUUGGACGUGAAUGUAUUUAUAGAUUUUUAUUUUUUUAGCCAGACAAAGGAUUUGAUUGAGCAACAGGUGCAUCAACCAUAUAUUAUUACUACAACUGUACGAGGCCUCAGCGUUACAAGUGCCAUAACGGUGGAUACCACCAUGACAACCCACGAAGCCUCCUCUUCAUUCUCCUCCAAGUCAAAACUUUGGAAUUACGACGUGUUCUUGAGCUUCAGCGGUGUAGACACACGCAAUGGUUUCACGGGCCACCUCCAUGCGGCAUUAACAGACAAGGGAUACCAGGCUUAUAUCGAUGAGGAUGAUCUAGAAAGAGGGGAAGAAAUACAAAAAGAACUGUUCCAGGCAAUCGAAGAAUCGAAGAUCUCUAUCAUUGUCUUCUCAGAGAGGUAUGCGGAUUCGAGUUGGUGUCUUAACGAGCUGGUGAAGAUCAUGGAGUGCAGAGACAAACUGGGGCGACAUGUUUUGCCAAUAUUCUAUCAUGUUGAUCCUUCACAUGUCAGGAAGCAGAACGGAGUUUUAGCCCAAGCGUUUAAGAAGCACAAACAAGACAUCCGUGAAGAAAAAGAUGACAAGGAACGUGAAGAUAAACGAGAAAGGGUAAAGCAGUGGAGAAAGGCUCUUACAACAGCUGCAAAGUUGGCCGAAGAAUUUCAGAAGCACAAAGAAGGCAUCGGUGAAGAAAAGGAUGACAAGAAACGUGAAGCUAAACAAGGGGUAAAGCAGUGGGGAGAGGCUCUUACAAAAGCUGCAAAUUUGUCUGGCCACCAUCUUCAAAUCACUGAUAAUAGGUGCGAAGCACAGCUGAUUAGAGAAAUUGUUGAUAAGAUUAUUCCGGAAUGGCUUCUAAGCACAAACAAAUUACAUGUGGCCAAGCACCCGGUUGGAAUCAAUUCUCGCGUUCAAGAUAUUAUCAGUUAUCUUUCAAGUGGUGGAUCAGAAGUUCGCAUGGUUGGAAUUUGGGGGAUGGGCGGAUUGGGUAAAACAACAGCUGCCAAAGCCAUUUAUAACCAAAUUCAUCAUAAGUUCCAAUUCAAAAGCUUCCUUGCCAACGUUAGUGAAUAUGAUCUGGCUGAUUUGCAAGGCAAACUUGUUUCUGACAUCUUGAAACGGAACAAGUCUAAGAUAACCAGUGUUGAUGAAGGUAUCAGUCUGAUAAAAAAUCAUCUCCAACGUAGAAGCGUACUUGUCAUUAUUGACAAUGUAGACAAAGUGGAACAACUAAAUGCAAUAGCUGGAAAUCGUGAUUGGUUUGGCCCAGGAAGUAGAAUUAUCAUAACGACACGAGAUGAACGUUUACUAAAGCAAGUGAACAUGAAAGUGGACAAGACAUAUCCACUUAAGGAAAUGAAUGAAGAAGAAGCUCUGAAGCUCUUUAGUUGGCAUGCCUUUGGAAAUAGUAGGCCUAAUGAAGGAUAUCUUGAACUCUCAAAAGAGGUUGUUUCUUACUGUGGUGGUUUGCCACUAGCCCUUGAAGUUUUAGGUUCUUCUAUGGUUGAAAGAUCCCCAACAGAGUGGAAAAGCCAGUUGGAGAAAUUGAAAAAAAUUCCUAAUGAAGGAAUAAUGAAACCGCUAAGAGUAAGCUUUGAAAGGCUAGAUCCUACCCAGAGGGAUAUAUUCCUUGACAUAUCUUGUUUCUUUAUUGGAUGGAAAAAGGAUUAUGUCGCAAAAAUAUUAGAUGGAUGUAACUUUUUUGCAACAAUAGGAAUCAAUGACCUCCGUGAACGAUGCCUUAUAACUGUUGAAGACAACAAGUUGAAUAUGCAUGAUUUGCUUCGAGAAAUGGCCAAAGUAAUCAUUUCUGGUAAUUACCGUCGUCCCCCUAGAGAAUGGAGUAGGUUGUGGAACCAUCAAGAUGUCACUAAUGUAUUGAGAGAUAAAUCUGGAACUGAAGAAGUUGAAGGACUAGCACUAUAUUUCCCUCCUUUCCCUGAAUGGCUAGCACCAUAUUUCCCUUCUUUGCCUCCAAGCUCUAACAUGCCUAGUUUCAGUACAGAAGCAUUUGCCAUCAUGAAGAAACUGAGACUGCUCAGGCUCUACAACGUGCAGCUCAAUGGAGAAUACAAACAUCUCCCCAAAGAGUUAAUAUGGUUGCUUUGGGAAGGAUGCCCCUUAAAGUCUAUACCAGAUGACUUCUUUGAUCAACCAAGACUAGUUAUUUUAGAGAUAACGAAUAGCAAACUGGUACAAGUUUGGGAGGGCUCCAAGUCGCUUGGAAACUUGAAAAUCCUUAAUCUCAGUUAUUGCCAGGACUUAAAAAAAUCACCAGACUUAUCAAAUCUCCCAAAUCUUGAAGAUUUGAUAUUGGAAAGGUGUGAGAGAUUGUCCGAGAUUCACCCCUCCAUUGGUCAUCUUAAAAAACUCUCUUUUGUGAACUUCAUAGCCUGCAAGAAUCUUAAUUCUCUUCCUGGGGAUUUCUACGAGUCCAAAUCCGUUCAGAUUCUUGAUCUUUAUCUAUGUUGUCAAUUCAGUGAACUGCCCGAGGAUUUAGGGAAGAUGACAUCAUUGAGAGAACUUAGAGCAUCUACCACAGCCAUAAGACAAGUACCGCGUUCCACAGUAAGAUUGAAAAAUCUCACUUAUUUAUCUCUAGAGCGUGUGCAAUCGAAGUUUCCUUUGCAAUUUCCCGAUUCGUUACACGGCUUAGAUUCUUUAAGAAAUUUAGAUCUCAUGGUGCAGAUUAAGCGAUGAUGCAUUCCCAAAAGGUUUUGGGAGUCUAAUUUCUUUACAAGGUUUGAAUCUUUCGGGUAAUUAUUUUCAUACCCUACCCAUCCUCAGUGAUCUUUCAAAUCUUGAAAGUUUGCAGUUAAGUAACUGCCGUUACCUUCAUACAAUCUAUGAUUUACCAACAAAUUUGAAAUUUCUGGGUGCAUCUAGUUGCUAUUGUUUGGUAACAAUGCCCAAUUUUUCGAAAAUGUCGAAUAUGAGAGAACUGGAUGUAAGUGAUUCACACGCACUCACUGAGGUUCCAGACUUGGAUAAGUCAUUAAACUCCAUGACAUGGAUUGAUAUGAGUAACUGCACCAAACUCAGGAUUGAUUUAAGGAGGAACAUCCUAAAGGGAUGGACUUCUUGCGGAUAUGGUGGCAUUUUUCUCAAUGGGAAUUAUGUUCCUGAUUGGUUCGAGUUUGUCAACGAUGGUAAUAAAGUCAGUUUUGAUAUCCCCCUGAGUGAUGGUCGUAAGUUUGAAGGGCUGACUCUGUUAUGCCUUUACUGCUUCAAUCCUUAUCAGCCAAGAACUUGUAUCAGAUGGAAUGGUCAUCAUCGUGCCAGUAUUGAUAUAAAUAAUACCAAGCGUAUCGAGUUGCACACCUGCAUAAGCAAGGAAGAUUGGGUUAUAAAAAUGCGCGAUAUUGUAUUUAAAGAAUGUUUUCUUUGGCAAGGACAAAUAUCGAACGAUAAGCUCAAUUUGCAAAGCGGGGAUAAAGUUGAUGUAACUUUUGAAAUGCCAGAGGCAUUCAAAAAAAUUCAUUAUGUGACAAUUAAGGGAACAGGGGUUAAUCUAGUAUGGGACAAACCUCUGAAGGAAAAUAUGCACGGUUUUGAUCCUGAAGAUGUGUUUUUGAUCCAGAGGCACAAUCAAGGUGGUGAUGCAUCGUCAUCAUCACAAUCAGUUCGAUAAAUGAAGGCAAGUCCAUAUUUCAUAUUUCUUUCAAAUUUCUUUCAAAUUUCAAGUUUCCCUCUGGAGCCACCGCGGCAGUUCUUUUUUCCCGGUAAUUUAAUCGAAAUAUCAAGGGUAGUCCGGUCUAGAAGCACAAAAAUUAUAUCUCUCUCUACACUGACAGAGUCACUCUCGAACGGAAGUAAUGGGAAGCUUAUUGGGAGGAGCGACCCAAAUUCUGAGCAAAUCGUCGUCCGCUUUCUUCUUCCUCAAUCCAAAUUCGAACCUCCCUCUUUACAAACCCUCCAAAUCCCCUCGCCUCCUCCGCCCCUUCGGGAUCAUGGCCGCCGCCGACGCGUUCGUCAAGAGCAGCAUCCACCCAAUUGGCGUCGCCGUCAUCACCCUCGGUCGCCCCCCGAGCUCUCAACGCCAUGAACCUAGAUAUGGAUGUGAAAUACAAGAGCUAUCUAGAUGAAGGGGAAGCUGACACAAAUGUGAAGUGUGUUCUUGUUGAUAGCCGCUCGGGUCGUGCCUUUUGUGGCGGAAAGGAUAUUAAAGUGGUUGUUUCAAAAGGACAAAAACACCCCUGUUCUGCCGAAGAGAUAGAUGGUGUCCAUUAAGUUGGCACGUUGAUUCAUUGAUAAGCAUAGUUGCCGGAUUCGGUGAAAUGGUGUCCGAAUCCCGUAUCGGUAUUCACUGCUGAGUAUUCUCUAAUAUGCAAACUCUCUGAGUUCAAGAAGCCCAUAUAAGCUUCAUGGAUGGCAUAACAGUGGGCUUUGGUAUUGGCCUAUCAGGUCACGGUCGCUACCGGAUCAUUACAGAGAGGACUGUUCUUGCUAUGCCAGAGAAUGUAAUUUGUUUGUUCCCAGAUGUUGGGUUUUCACGUAUAGAGGCAAAGAAUCCAGGAGGAGGAUCUGUAGGUAUAUCCCCACAAACAGAUGGAACUUUAACAAUGCUGCUUAUGAAACAUAACAGAUGGAGAGGUGGAGAGCUUCAAGUUGAUUCCGUGAUGCAUGUUGCAAGCUCCAUACGGGGACACAAUGUUUCAAGCCAAAUUGCUUUUUUGUCAUUGACUUCCUUUCCCGACACAGGUACAUUAGCCCCGAGUCCUUCGGAUACCUGGAUCUACUACAAAGUUUGAGAAGUGGUGAUUGUUCCUAACUGUACAUUUUUCUUCUUUGGUACUGCCUGAUUGUGUUUUUUUUACUCCUGUUUCUUCCCCGGAUUUACAUAAAGCUAAUGUUACAAACUAGGCAACUAAAGCGGCUAUCUCCAAAUGCAGCUGUUUCUUCUUCUCUGUAUCGCUCAUUAAUGAAAAAUAACUAAUCAAGCUUAAAAUUUGCAUCGAA